UCGUGAAACGCGUAACAUCGUCAGUGUUUAUUUCCCGAGUCAUCGUCGACUCGUGAUUCGCGAUGAUUGUAUGCCGGUUUUCGUAAAUUACUAAAUUUUGGGGAAACCCAGUUCGUCUGGGUCAAAAUGUGGUGGUUCAAGAACUUUAUAGCUUUCACCAUCUUUUUUAGUUUACUACGAAUAUCUAGAUCUCAAAUAAGGGAUGGUGAUUCUCACGAAUGUCUACGAUCUUGUGCUGACAAUGCACUUUCAAAAAAAGUAUGCCGUUACGAAUUCUUCGUUGAAGAAUCACCUGCCCCGAACAGUAUUCGCGAUUGUACAAGCAAAAACGAAUCGAUGAUCCACGACAACGUAAUAUUAUUGAAUAGCUUUCUAAGAAUCAAUGGGAAAAGCCCAGGCCCACAAAUAGAGGUAUGUCUUGGAGAUACUAUAGAAGUGCUUUUAUACAACAGAUUAGGGUCCGAGGAAUUAUCUUUUCAUUGGCAUGGUAUACGGCAAAGGAAUUCGGCUCAUAUGGAUGGUGUUCCGAUGGUUACACAAUGUCCUAUUUUGCCAUUUGGGGGUUUUCGAUAUAAACUAAAACCGGAAAAUGUUGGUACAUACAUUUAUUAUGCACACAUAGUUUCACAGCAGGCCGACGGCGUAUACGGGUCGUUGACAGUUCGAGGACCACAAGAUGACCCUAGCUUGGAAAGGAUACUUCUCUUGUCAUCAAGGCCGCCAACUCCUCUGUCGCGACACUCGCACCUACACCCACCUACGCCUAGUGAACUUCUCUUAAAUGGCCAGAAUAACGGAUCUAUCUUGCAAGUCCAUUAUGGAAGGAAAUAUUUAUUGCGACUUAUUAACGCCAACGCGUACAAUUGCCCUAUACUAUUAUCCAUCUCUGGCCAUGAUUUUCGCGUCUUGGCUGCCGAUGGGAACCCGGUUGAACCGACGGUGGGCAGACACAUCUUUUUCUUUCCAGGUGAGAGAUUUGACAUAAUUCUCGAAGCAAAUCAACCUCCUGGGAAAUACCUCGUUGAUAUAAAGGGCCAUCGGGACUGUCAAAACCUUCAUCAGGAAGCUUUCAUCCUUUAUGAUGAUAUAAAACCGCAGUCCGCUAUAAUCAAAGACGAAAAACUAUUGAAAAUCAAUGACCAUGCAAUUACGAACAAGGGCCACGAUUGUCAUGAAAUAUCAAGGAAUUUCAUUUGUGGUUUGGAUUUAAAAGGAUCGAGAGGGAUCGAGAUUAACUCAGACGAAAUUAUUUAUGUUCCAUUCGACGUGAAUGCUUUUUCCUAUUUCACGGAUGAAAUGUCCGACUACAGAUAUAAUUUUUACGGAUGCCCUUUCUAUCCAUCAGAUCUAAGUGUGAGCAAAGAAGGAGCAAGGGUUGCACAAAUUAAUCGUAUAUCGUUUAAAUAUCCCAUGUCUCCGUUAUUGUCUCAACCGGAAAAUAUACCAGAGGAAUCGAUUUGCUCUUUGGAAACGCGUUCAGAAGAGUGUGCUGACACACCAUUGUUUUGUGAAUGUAUCCACGUGAUCGAAGUUCCACCUAGAAAAAAUAUCGAUAUUAUUUUAAUAGAUGAAGGUUCUGGCGGAAAUGUCUCCCAUACGUUUCACGUACAUGGCUAUAACGCGAGUGUCCUAGGAAAAAGUAGUUUCGAACGAGCAAUUACCAAAGAAGAAAUUAUCCUGUUGGAUCGUAACAAACAGUUAGAUCGCAAUUUUUUAAAUCCACCUCAGAAGGACAGUUUCGUUGUACCAAAUAAAGGAUACGUUAUUCUUCGUCUUUUUACUGAUAAUUUAGGAUAUUGGAUGUGGGAAGCAAGAAGCACGGCAAUAUCAUCAGGAAUAUCUGGACCUGUUAUGCAAUUUUUGUUAAAGACAUUUAGAAGAAGAAGAAGAAGAAGAAAGUCUAAUUUUCUCGAAAAAGAAGAACAGCUAUAUGGAGAAAAUGCUAUUUUGGAAGUAAUUAAAUAUUUUACCAGGAUUAUUCGCCUUGAAACGUAUAAUUGCAUAUCCUCCAUUUAUCAGUUUAAUAGUGUCUUUACCAGGUGGAUUUGAAUAUUCCCCAUUUUUAAGACGUUGCAUGUGUUGGUCUAUUACUGCUUCUAUAUCUGAUCUCGAAAUAUUUCUACCACCAAAAUCCCCCAUACUAAAUACUCUAAAUUCAUAACCGUGCAAGUGGAACGGAUGAUAUAGGCCAGGCAGGGGCACUGUAAUAUAAUUUGUUAUUUAACGUUAUAUAACGUAUAUAUGUUAUAUAACGGUAUUCUUUUCGUAAUGAAACAAGAUCAGCCUAUUAAAUAGGUCAACAUUCUUUUAUCUUGUACUAAAGACAAAUACUAGAUACCUUCGUCGUAUAUUACUAGCUCCACGAUAUUAUUCAGUUGUGCAUUGAUAACGUCAGAACAUGUGCAAGGUUCGGUGCAAUCGUUCUGUACGUUUUCCUUACAUAUUGUUUGGCGAGAACUACGUUGCGGGAGCAGAGGCGCCGAUGGUUCCACGUGCGAGAUAUUAAACGUAGCAGCAAUCUCGGAACCUGCAGCUGGACCUAAAACGAAACAAAAUGUUUUACGAAAACAAGAUAUAUAACAAUAAAUAAAUAACACAUAAAUGAAAUAUAACAAUAAAACGAAAAAAAUUGUAUUUCUUUAAUUGGAUGCAAAUAAGCAGAUUUUUUAUAUUUAUGACGCACAAGAAAUAAUUUGCUAUAAUUAGAAAAUGAGUAAGAUGACUUAUACAUAUAUAGGCACUUAUUUAUUAUGAGAGAAUCAUUAAAAGAAACUUACUAAAGUAGCGAGGGUACUUGUUUGACCUAAAUAAUUUCUUGUCCCCAUCCUGAUUGUAAACGAAGAACCAAAAGGGUAAUAUGUGCCUCUCAUCCGGUUCAACUUUCAAGAGAUCAGGAUCGAUGUCGAAGGCUUCCACUUGGUUCACACAAACGGCACUUUGUGUGUUAUUUGUAUUGCACUCCGUUCCAUUAAGCGAAUUAUACGUCUAAAAAAUGUGAAAGAAUCACAUGUUACAGUUGUUAGAUACAUCUAAAUACAAUUUACAUAUAAUGCCAAAAUUUUAAUCUGAGAAAUUUGUAAACACAUUUGUACAAAUCUAAAUUUAACAUGGGUGUCUGAUGACUAUCGUGGUUAUUAUAUGUAUGAUCUAAAUGUAAAAUAUUUCUCACUAUACAUAUAUGUAUAUUAAUACGUACGGUCCUUGUGUCGUAUAGAAUUCAAUGUGGAAGAAACCGAGUAUUUUUAACGGCUUGACAAAUUACUUUGACGCCGUAUUGACCAAAAUUAAUUUCAGCUGUCGCACGCUCCAAUAAGGCCACUAAAUUGUCCGAGAUAUAUUAUGUCUAUA